AUGCCACCAACCUUCCCGUCCCUUCCUGACAACCUAAGGGCGUGGGCUCUUUCACAGCCCGUCUUCUUCGUGUCAUCGGCACCAACCCACGGACAACACGUCAACAUCUCCCCCAAGGGUUACACCAAUGCCAACUUCGCGGUCCUGAGUCCCAACCAGUGCGCCUACGUGGACCGUACCGGCUCGGGGUGCGAGACCAUCGCGCACCUCUACGAGAACGGGCGCGCCACGUUGAUGUUCUGCUCGUUCGGCACCAGCCCACGCAUCCUGCGACUGUUCUGUCGAGGCCGCGUCAUCGAGUGGGACAGGCCCGAGUUCGACGUUUUCCUCCGCAAGAUGAAGCUCCAGAAGGUCGACGCCACCAGGGCCAUCAUCGUCCUGGACAUCUUCAAAGUUCAGACCAGCUGCGGCUUCGGCGUGCCCCGGGUGCGCAAGACAGUCAUGGGCAUCACGGCGGCGCCAUCAGGCGCCUCUGAGAAGGCCGCGGCCGUUGAUGGUGAUGAUGACGUCGGGAAACAGGAUAUCGGUGUCACGGGCUUCGAAGAGCGACCGACCCUUCAGAUAUUCAACGGCAAGCGGGAAAGGGCGGGCACCGUGCAGCAGUACCAGAUGGAGGAGAACACAACAUCCCUGGAUGGUCUGCCUGGACUGCGCUCUGCGCGCCGCGGCGUUGGAGAGCGCCUGUUGGUCGGCGAUGUGAAGAUGAGACUGCGCAACGUAAUGGCUGAGAAGUCGGGCAUGGCGUUUGGGUUUCUGAUGGCGGUUCUCUUGUACUUGUGUCUUACUUUUGCAGGAAUGCGUGUCUAA